CUAGGGUUUAUACUUUAUAUAAGCAAUCACGCAGAGCGGCGAAAACGAAGACAGGUUCGAGUGAGAGGAGGCGUGAAGGCCAAAAUGGUGAAGUUUCUGAAGCAGAACAAGGCCGUAGUGAUUCUCCAAGGCCGUUUCGCCGGUCACAAGGCAGUUAUCGUCAAACCCUUCGAUGAUGGUACUCGCGACCGUCCCUACUCCCACUGUUUGGUUGCAGGGAUAGCCAAGUACCCAUCCAAGGUGAUCCGCAAGGACUCCGCCAAGAAGACUGCCAAGAAGUCUCGCGUGAAGUGCUUCAUCAAGCUUGUCAAUUACAACCACAUAAUGCCCACGCGCUACACCCUGGAUGUCGAUCUGAAGGAUGUUGUCACACCCGACGUUCUUCAGUCCCGUGACAAGAAAAUCACGGCUGCAAAAGAGACCAAAGCGAGGUUCGAAGAGAGGUUUAAGAGUGGGAAGAACAGGUGGUUUUUCUCCAAGCUGAGGUUCUAA